AACUUUCUUAAACUUUUCUAUGAAUUCAUCUAUGAAUCAUUUGAUGAACUAGUUUUGUUUAUAUGUAACAACAAAUAAAUAAAUAAUUAUUUAAUUUUUGAAUGUUUAUUAUAAUUCACGAAUAAUUUAGUCGAAGAUACCUAAAAAAGAAUGUCUCUAAAAAUCAACUUGGAAAUAGGACACGAAGCUACUCUAAGGGCCAAAAAUACCCCUGAAGGGUUUACUCAUGACUGGAAAAUUUUUGUUCGUGGAUGUGAUGGUGCAAAUAUCCAUUAUUAUGUAGAAAAGGUAGUUUUCUACUUGCAUGAAACAUUUCAAAAGCCUAGAAGAGUAAUAAAGGAGCCACCUUAUUCAGUAAAAGAAUCUGGAUAUGCCGGAUUCAUCAUACCAAUCGAAAUUUACCUUCGAACUGGUAGCGAACCUAAAAAGAUCAAAUUCAGUUAUGAUCUAUCAUUACAAAGGACUGGGCCACCUGUGCGAAAAGUCAAGAGGGAGAAGUAUGUUUUUACUUCACCGCCCGAUGACUUGAGAGACAAAUUGCUUAAGGGUGGUGCUGUUGUAACCAGUAAUUCUCAGGAAUCAAGUGAAAACAAAUCUGUUUUACAUGAAGAAAAAAAUCAGCUCAUAAGCAAACCAAAGUUGAGUGGAGAUAUACCUCCGAAGAAGCCUAAAUUUGACCCGCCUUUAUCAAAUAGUUUCCAGGAUCUUUUUGGCACGCCUAUAACGAAGACGUCGAAGCCGCCAGAAACGAAAGUCUCACUACCAGCUAAAGAGAACAAAAGCAACUCGAAACCUGAAAAGGACAGAAGUGCUGAUAAAGUAAAAAAUAAGCACAUUCCACAGAAAGAUAAGGAAAGGGAAAGGGAUAAAACAGAAAGAAAAGAGAAAAAAGAAGAAAAGAAAAAAGAUAAAGAAAGGAGAGAUAAGGAUAGGGAAAGAAACAAAGAAAAGUCAUCCAAAAUGGAUAAGUCUCCAAAAAUAGAACCACCAAGUCCAAAAAAUACUUCUCCAAAGCCAAGCAGUCCAGUUUCUCAUACGUCUCAAGGAUCAUCCAGUGAAAGGCACAGAGAAAAAGAUAGUAAAAUGAUUUCAGAUGAGAGAGAUAAAACAGACAAAGGAGAUGAUGAUGAGAGAAAAAGUAGAAAGGAGAAAAAAGAAAGGGAUAAGGAGAAGCAUCGAGAGAGUAGUAAAAAUGAAACAAAAAAUAAGGAAACACGAAGUAAAGAAGGCUCAUCUCAAGGGCCUGAUUCAGCUUCGCAUAUGCCUACAGAAUCAAAAACAGAUGAAAAGCACCAAAAGAAAGAUGAUCAAAAAGGAGAUGAAACACGUGAAGCAGAAAGAAAAGAUAAACCUGAAGAAAAAAAGCACAAGCAUAAAAAAAAGGAUAAGAAAAAGGAAAGAAGAGAUGAUGAGGAAAAGAAAACUAAAACACCUCCAAAAGUAGAAAAGGAAAAAAGCCCAGAAGUAAUAUUAGUUUCUAAUACGUCUAGUUCUCCGCGUUUGGAGAUUGAUUUGUCAGAAACUAAUGAUUUAUUCAGUAAUAGUCCGGAAGCAGUACCAUCUACCUCAAGAAGUGGCGAAACUCGAGCAGAAUCGUACGCACCAGUGCCUGAAAUACAUUCAGUGAGCUCAGGUAGCAGCAGAAGUUCAUCGCCCAUGCAGGAAGAUUAUGAUGGUGCAACAGAUAGUGCAAGAAAACGUAAAAGAUCAAAUUCAUCUGAUCUUGAGGAAUCUCCUACCAAAUUGAGGAAGGCGAAUACAGAACCUGUUUCUGGCGAUGAGGAGAUGUCAGAUGUUGAAGAGGUGACGAACCCAACUCUGCCGUAUACUCGUAUUGAUCCUGAAACUGGCCAGGAAAUCGAGUAUUAUGAAAUGGGGGAGGAAGAGUACUAUACCUUGUUAGCUCUCAAACAACGAAUCAAUGAUAUUAGAGGUACUCCUCUGAUGGAAAAGGUGAUUGAUUUGGUUUCCGAUACCGGUAACUUUGAAAUAACCGAGACAUUCGACUUCAAUCUUAGCGAGUUGGAUGAAGAUACUAUCGCCGAACUCCUGGUACUGCUGCCACCCCCAUCAACAUCAACAUCGGCGUCUCCUUCGUCAACACCUUCAACAUCAGCAUCCCAAUCGCCUGCAGAAUCACCGGCACAGUCACCUGUACAAUCGCCCGCGCAAUCUGUUUCACCUUCACCAUCACCAUCAGCCUCACGGUCACCAUCUCCCACCCCAUCAUGAAAAUUGAUCUCAAAGCAGUGUAAUAAAGGAUGCAUGUUGAUGAUUUAAAAUUAUAUUAUAAUAAUCCUGAUUUUUUAUGUACCUGGUUAGUAUUUUAAUUUGAAAUCUUCAAAUGAAGUUCUAUAUAUACAUUCAUAGUUUAUGUGAGGAUAUGAUCCAUUUUAUUCAUUUAUUUAUGCUCGUAUAUAUUCUCUUCAUUGUUUUCUUAUUUCUUGAUUCUUUUGCAAUAAAAUUUUCAAUGAUA